AUGUCGGUGGCGGUGAGGGCGGCGCUGCUCUGCGCUUGCGCACUGCUACUGCAGCACGCAAGCGCGGAGCUCAGAGGACGGUGUCCAGCGGAAGAAAGUGCAUGUCCGGCGCGUGCGAUACCAUGCAUUUCGGACAACCAAUGCGGGGAGAAAAUAUGUUGCAAAACUAGUUGUGGACAAGCUUGUGUCGACCCACUUUUCACAGGAUGUGAGAACGUGAAAUUGUCUUCGGAGAGGAUAUCUCGAGCCUUAGCUGCGGAGAACAGCCGCGGUGGCCGAGGCAGAAUACCCCCUAUGAGGACCCCUCGCUGCAGGUUCACAGAUGGGGAGUUUGAGGAGAUCCAGUGUGAUAAUGAGAUUGUUAGCACCUGCUGGUGUGUUGAUGCUGCUGGAUUUGAGUUACCAGGAACCAGGGCUCCUGCAGCAAGUCUAGUCAACUGCACACGAGUUGCACCCUGCGCUGCACACACAUGUAGGAUGCUAUGUCCACUGGGCUUCGAACUGGACCAACGUGGAUGUCCACUAUGCAAGUGCAGGGAUCCUUGCUCCACUGUAACUUGUCCCGGGCAGUUGUCCUGUCAAUUAGAGGAAGCUCCUUGCCUUCGACCACCGUGUCCACCUAUACCUACAUGUAAACGGGGCCGUAGUCUGAUGAACCUCUGCCCUGUGGGAGAACCCCUAUUGAUAUCGGAGACCAGUAGACCUUUCCUAUGCGGUACUGAUCCUGGGAAACCCAACUGUCCACCUUUGUACCGAUGCCUUGUUGAAUCAGGAAACGACUACGGCGUAUGUUGUCCUGCAUCUCUAGAGCUCCAAAAAGCCGGAACAUGUCCAGCACCUUCCAACGAUGGAUGUGGAACUCCCUGUGCCCACGAUUUGGAAUGUCCUUCGAUGCAGAAAUGCUGCGAUGGUGGUGAAUGUGGCAAACACUGCGUUUUACCAACCAACGUAACAAUGUGUACUCAGCAAAAGAUGUUAGCGGAACUUUUGGUUGUAAGUGAGAAGGAGGGUCGCGGUUAUGUGCCGCAGUGUGAUGAAGAUGGGUCGUUUAUUUCAAGACAGUGCUCAAGAAAUGGAUUAGUUUGCUGGUGUGUCGACUCAGACGGUAACAAGCUUCGAGGAUCAAUGGGUCCAUCUUCAACAGUAGAAUGUUCCUCAACACCUCUACCAGUUCGGAUUGGAGCUCGCAGCUUAAAUUCCUGUGCAAGAGCGUUGUGUGCUGCUGUGUGUGAAUAUGGAUAUAAAACGGGUGCCGAUGGAUGUCCCACUUGCGAAUGUGAUGACCCUUGCGCUGGAUACCCCUGCCCGAAAGGCGAGGAAUGCAUCAGGGUUAAAGAAGCACAAUGUGUUGGAGACCUUUGUUCAGGAUAUCCAAUUUGUCGGCCAAAAGUAGCAUACGAGAACCCAUGUGCGUUAGGUGUUCCAGUGUCUGAUGCAAAUGGUGCAUCAGAAGAGUGCCAGGUGGAUACUGACUGUCCCACAAGCCAUAUUUGCACGAAAUCUAAGAGCAGUGGUGUGUGCUGUCUAGAUCCUCUAUCAUUCAGUAACGCAACUGAACCUGAUGUUAUAGAGGUAAACUUCGAAUCCUGUGGUCCUGAGGCAGAGGCGGAAUGUGGUCUCAACUCUACUAUGUCUUGCCUCGAAGGUGACUGCGAUAAUGACUUAGUGUGCUGUUCCACCGAAAACUGUGGACCAGUGUGUGUAGACCCGAUUAAAAUGAAACUACAAUCAGAAAGAGUGGACGAAUCACCUACAAUGUGCGAAUACCUCCGCGACUUUGACGAAAAGAUGGAAGGCACGGUAGACGGCAUGAAGCUCGCGUUACCAGCCCCAACUUGCAAGUCUGACGGGUCUUUCACAUCGCAACAGUGCGCUAACGGCCGCUGUUGGUGCGUUGAUACCUUCGGCACGGAAAUACCGGAGACCAGCACCAAUAAUGCUUCAGCUGUGGACUGUGACAAUGUUCGUGCAAAUCUCUCUUGUCUGGAGAUGACAUGUCGAAUGGGCUGUGACUACGGAUUCGAGCUAGGCUCAGGCCGCUGUCCUACAUGUAAAUGCCGCGACCCUUGCGCAGGAGUGCAGUGUCCUGCCGGACGAUCUUGCGCAACUGUAGAUGUCGCUUGCGACGCAGAUUAUUGUCCACCUGUGCCUGCUUGUCUUCCAAAGAAACCAGGACAGUGUCCUUACCUAGUGCCUUCAAACGGUGCCUGCGAGUGGUCUUGUAGGACGGACGCGGAGUGUGGGCCUACUGAAAGAUGUUGCGCGACCGGUUGUGGUACUGCCUGCACGAAAGCUGUACACCAAACUGCUUGUCAGCAAAGAAGAGCAUUAGCUCUCCAUACGGCGGCUGAGAGCGGCAGUCCACCAGCCUGGACAUGGAUACCUAAAUGCAAAGAGGAUGGUGCCUACGUCCCUAUACAGUGCAGAGGAUCUGAUAAGUCUUGCUGGUGUGUCGACACUGCUGGUAAUGAGAUUCUUGGUACAAGAGUAACGAACUCCACGCCGAACUGUGAUGCACCAAUACCGUGUGCUCAACCAACUUGUGACGUGGUGACGUGUGCCCACGGUUGGGAGUUGGACAGCAAAGGAUGUCCUACCUGCGCCUGUAAGGAUCCUUGCGCGGAAGCCAAAUGUAGAAAGGAUGAGUCCUGCGAACUUGUACCUUUGGAGUGUGAGGGUAGUUCCUGUCCUCCACUAGCGCGCUGCAGCCCAGCUCCGCAGUGUCCAGAUGGUCACAAUCCACUUCAAGCUCCAGACGGCUCAGGGCCACUGCUGUGUGGACCUAAUGCAGCAGCUUGUCCUUCCACCCACGCCUGUCGGUUUGCUCCCCAUGAUUCAACACCGUCUGUCUGCUGUCCCAAACCUCGCACGGUAUGUUUCGAAAACAAAGAUGAAGGCAGUUGCACUGAAGGUGAUGUUCUAAACACGACAAGAUGGCACUUCAACCACGCACGCAACCGUUGCGAGAGGUUCAAGUAUCAUGGAUGUUCCGGAAACCACAACAACUUCAGGACGAAAGAGGAGUGCAAUAAUGUAUGCCCUGUGGAAGGGGAACCUACAAGAAUGCCAAGUAAAAAAAGGAAGACAAGCCAGAUAUUGAAAGACGAAGUAUUGAGCCCUUGUGAGAGACUACGAGAGAAGAACGAGGCAGCUGCGCAGAAGUACGGCAAAGGGACGUUUAUUCCAAAGUGUGACGGCAGUGGUGCUUGGGAAUCAGUGCAGUGUAUGUCACAUAUUGACGUUUGUUGGUGUGUAAGUGCCCGUGGUGAACCCCUCAAGGGUUCUUUAGUACGAGGUGCCAAACCCGCCUGUAACUUCAGACAAGCACGCAAAUGGGUGGCGCGAGACCCGCUCGACGAACGAGCUAGAGCUGACGAAGUACUCGAAGAACUCAUCAGACAAAUGACUGCAUACAGAGUGGACGAUUUCGACGAUGACGACGAAGAUGACGUUGAAGAUGAUUUAGAACUCGAAGCUGAGGUUCGAGACGAGGAAUCUUUAGAUAAACUACUUCAACAAACGAGUGAGAAAGACGAACCUGUGGUAGUAUCGGAGAUCGUUGAACCAAAAUUAGCAGACACUACGAGAAAAUUUGAGAAAAAUCUGGAAGUGAAUGUAGAUAAACUGAUAUUUAAAACAAAGUGUCAGAUGAUGCAAGAAGAAAUUGAGAAUGGUGCGGAAGGUAUGCGCCCUCGUUGUUUAGAGAACGGUGAAUUCUCACCACGACAAUGCUCUCGGGGCCGAUGCUGGUGCGUAGAUGCCGCAGGACAAAGAAGACAUCACGCGGGAGUAAUCAACGAUGCGCCCGCACCAGAUCCUUGUGAGCGAACACAAGUAGAGACAGCAAUAUUGGAGUUGGAGUUAGUGAAUGUAGAGCCAGCGAGGGCAGAAGUUUCACGUGCAGCGUUAGCAGCGCGGCUAGCAGCGCUUGGAGCUCGUGUUCCCGUGCAUAGCAGUCGGGAACGCAAUGCAUUGCGCUUGCGCACAGUACUUACCGGCCCACACGCCGUCGACUACAUCUACCAUAUCGAGAACAUGGUGAAACAAGAAAAAGUAGCAGGAUAUAAAAAAUCAAGCGAUGAAAUGAUACUGGGUGCUGACGUCAUACGAAGCGAGUACCGUCUUACUACACCUACCAGAUCUGCAAUGCAGCAACGAGAAAUACUGAGCGAAUCCACUGUUUCCGCUACAACUUCAUAUCACACUGCACUUAUAGUACUAGCUGCUACUUCAGCCUUCAUCAUCAGCGUGUUAUGUGUCCUUGUGAUGCUAUACCGCGCGAGAUUACAACGGGAACCACAAAAAGCCGAGCGGUUUCUGCCACCCGCUCCUCCUGUUUAUGUCCUCUCCGCUGACGAGAAAGCGGAGUUAGCGAGAGUUUUACAUGCCCCUCCUCCUCCUGUCCCACCACAAAACGAUGACCAAACAAGAGUAUAA